AUGCUGAGUCCCACCGUUGUCGACAAGUCAGCCACCCUCGCCGUGCCCGAUCCGAGCUACUGGUGCUCCACAAGCGCGCACUUCUAUGUCAACCCGCCUGGCGUCCAAGAAGAGGGCUGCAUCUGGGGUGACGAAUCCAAGAACAUUGGCAACUGGGCCACCUACGUCGCUGGCGCCAACCAGGAUGCCAAGGGUCAGACCUUUGUCACCCUCGGGUACAACCCCAAAUGGGAAGAAACCAACAUGAAGAACACCAUGCCUAGCUACGCCGUCAAGAUUGAGUGUCCCGAUGGUGGCUGCAACGGCACGCCCUGCUCCAUCGACCCCUCCAAGAGUGACUCGGGAGAGGUCACCAGCAACAACGCUGGUACCGGCGCCGGCGGCUCUCAGUUCUGCGUCGUCACCGUACCCAAGGGUUCCAAGGCCAACAUUGUUGUCUACCCCAUCGGCGGAUCUGGUGGUGACAGUGACGACGACGAUGACAAGGACGAUGAGGAUGACAAGGACGACGACAAGGAGGAAGAGAAGAAGAAGGAGCCUGAGACCACACCUGUGCCUACUCCAACCCCCACACCUACCCCGACCCCGACGCCCACACCGACACCGACUCCCACUCCAGAGCCUACGACCGAGGAGCUCACUACGUCGAGCCUCAUCAAGGAAACUUCUUCCGAGAAGGAAAUCGAGACGUCUUCCGAAGUGCCCCGCCCCUCGAUCAACCCCGGUAUUUUCCACGAGAACGAAGACAACUCCACGUCGUCCCUCUCCUCGUCGUGGUCCGAGUCUUCGGCUCCCGUGAGCCUCGCCACCAGCCGCGUCGACGUGACUCCUGCAUCUGAAACGCAGCAGGCCAAGCCCACCAAAUCCGACGAGAACGAAGGUGCUCGACGCGGUAGCAGUGCCGCUGCCGGCCUCAUCGUCGCCAUUGUCGCCGUCGGUCUACUCUACUGA